UUCAUCCUUUUACGGACUCUCCAAUAGCACACCAAAGCAACCACCAUGACCACCCUCUUCCUCGUCAUUGCUAUGGUCGGCACGGCCUGCGCCGGACACAUUCCAACACACGCGGUGCCGGUGGCAUCUCUCGCCACGACAUACCAUCACUCCAUCGUCGCGGCACCGGCUUACGUAGCCGCCGCAGUUCCCGCCGUGUCCACCACCGUCCACCACACUCCAGCCGUGUCCAAGGCCACUCGAGUGACCAGCUACCAGACUACCCAGCCCGGAGUGCCACACACAGUGGCCAAGGUAUCCACUUACACCCCCGCUGCCACGGCCGUUCAUACUGUCCACGCUUCGGUACCCACUGCGGUGACCGGUGUGGUUCAUCCCGCUCCAGCCUACACGUAUGGCUACUAUCCUGCACGCUACAGCUACGCCCACCGCUACGGCUACCACCCGCUUCGCUACGGCUACGUCCACGGCCUUACCCCAUAUGGUCUCAACUAUGGCUACGGACUGGACGCAUUCGGCUACGUCUCACCUGUCAAGAAAUAAACGCCAAAGCCAGCACCUUGCGACAACGUCACCUUCCGUGGAACAGAUGCGAAACUCGAGAAGCGACUGCUAAUGAUGUGGUGAAAGUCCCAGUACAGUUUGUUGUUCUGUGUUUGUGUCGUAGGGAUGAGUUCCUCAGAAAAAUAAACAAGAUUUCCUCAGC